GUGGAUGGCAGCAAUGAUCCCCUAGGCAUCUAGACUGCCGGAAAUAAACAACAAGAAGAAGAAUACGUCACAGUUCAGGAAACGCACCGUCUCAACGUCAGAGGAAAAACACUCCGUCUGUGUUCAUCAGAAACAGCUAAAGAAACAGAUAAAAAUCCACUCCUAAGACAAAGACUUAUUGUGGCAGACAUGUCUUACGGCAAAGCAGAGAGCUACCGCUCGGUCCCACAGGACUUCAACACUCUGAUCCAGACAUGCAGCUCCAACAUCCAGAAGAUCACACAGAACACUGCUCAGAUCAAGACCAUGGUGAACCAGCUGGGGACCAGACAGGACACCAGUGAACUGCAGGAUCGUCUGCAGCAGAUACAACACUACACUAAUCAGCUGGCAAAGGAAACUAACAAGCACCUUAAAGAGCUGGGAUCAAUCCCUUUGCCCUCAUCACCCUCAGAGCAGAGGCAGCAGAAGAUCCAGCGGGACCGGCUGAUGAACGAUUUCUCAGCAGCUCUCAACAACUUCCAAGCGAUCCAGCGGCGUGCAGCAGAGAGGGAGAAGGAGUCAGUAGCCAGAGCGAGGGCUGGAUCCCGUCUGUCAGCUGAAGACACUUCUCGGGAUGAAAAGCUGGUGUCUUUCGAUAACCAAGAGGACUGGGGUCAGAUGACCACCCAGACCGAGGACGUGGCCAUCACCGAGGACGACCUGGAGCUCAUCAGGGAGAGGGAAACCAACAUCAGACAGCUGGAGUCUGACAUCAUGGAUGUAAACCAGAUCUUCAAGGACCUGGCAGUGAUGAUCCAUGAUCAGGGAGAAAUGAUUGAUAGCAUUGAGGCAAACGUGGAGAAUGCUGAAGUUCAUGUAGAACGGGGGACAGAGCAGCUCCAGAGAGCCAGCUACUACCAGCAAAAGUCCAGGAAGAAGAUGUGUAUCCUCGCUAUGGUUUGUUCCAUCGUACUCGUCAUACUUGGCAUCAUCAUCUGGCAAGCUGCAAAGUGAGUCGACUCCGCACAACCAAUGUGUUACUUCUAUAUUUCACUCUGCCCCCUCUCACCUGAAAGUACCUACUUGGAAUCAUGAAAAGAGCAAGACGAAGCUGAUUACUUCCUCAAAGUCAGUGGAGCAAAUGAGUGCAGAGGCGGGUCAGUGUAGUCCCCUCAUCAUUUCUGUAAAAUAGCUAACAUUUAGAUGGAGUAGGGGACAGAUUUCAGACCUGAGAUUCCUUCAUUUGCCUGAAUUAUUGUCUUAUUUACUGCACUAACACUACCUGUCACUGUUUAUCUGUAUUUCACUGUAUAUAAAAAAUGUUAUUGGGAAUGAUUUCAGAAAAUAAAUCCAUUGUUUUAAGGGUUGUAAAUGAUUCUUUUGUCAGCUGUUGUUGUGGAAGCUGCCGAUGUAGAGUGUGUGCGGUGCCAUGGUAACCUCACAGUAACAUCACAUGGGACUUGUGGUGAAGGCACAUGUUGAUUGUACUAUACAUGUUGUAAAAUGAAUACUAGCAGAUUACCAAUAUAAAUGAAACCAAUGUCUGUAAAUAUCCCCAAGUGCUGCAUUCUGUUCUGCCAAGAACACGGUGGAUGAUAAAUGAUGACAGUGUUUAAACAAAACAUAUUUAAAUGAAUUUCUAUGGCUCCUGACAGUAUGCAUAAUAAAUGUUUUAAACUCUUUUAACACUC